AACGCUUUGACCAUCGUGAAUAUGCACUAGUACAUGAUGGUAUACUUCAUAGUUCUAUAUAACUGGUUACAUAACAUCUGUAUAUGUAGCGUCACGUCAUAAUGUGUGCCUACCUACACAGCGUAUGAAUCUCACUUGUGCCUCAGUCUCCUAUCACUAAUUCCGGAGGUAUAAACUUCUCCUAGUGCUAAUACUGAUUGCGCUGAAAUAUUGAGGGAAAGGGAAGAUCAGCAUCAACAUGAGUCCCCCUCCAGCUGACGGGCCACCCGAUUCGACUCAAGGAAUUCUAGAUAACGAUAGUGUGGACUGGAAGACAACUUCAGAUGAUAAUGACGACAUCUUAGUUAUUGGCAUCGAUUUCGGCACAACAUUUUCCGGUGUGGCUUGGGCAACAGCUGCAGACUUCAAAAGUGAUCAAGUUAACAUAAUUACUAGCUGGCCUGGAACUGGUCGUGAAGAGGGCAAAGCACCCUCCGAGAUAUUCUAUGAAUAUGGAGAAAUGUCAUGGGGUUAUCUCGUUCCUUCAGAUGGGGACCCAGUCCGAUGGUUCAAACUCUUGCUAGUACAAGAAGAAGACCUUGAGCCCGAACUCAGGUCGUCAGAGUUCAUACUACGAGCCCGCCAAUUUAUGCGUGUGGAGGGGAAAACACCUGUGGACCUGAUUGCUGACUACUUGCGUGCACUUUGGGCUCACACACUCCAAACAAUUGCCAAGGCACGUGGACAGACUGUCCUUGAUGCUCUACGCUUUCAUGUCGUGCUCACUGUCCCUGCAAUAUGGAAAGGGUAUGCUCGACGGGACAUGAGACAGGCUGCUCAGAACGCCGGUAUCUUAGACGAUAGACUUGCUGGUGAUACUCGUCUAAGUUUUGCGCCUGAGCCCGAGGCAGCUGCAUUGUCGACGUUGACUGAACCUGGACGCAAGGUGAACGAAAACGAUUGUUUCAUGGUAUGCGAUGCAGGCGGUGGUACCGUGGACUUAAUCACUUACAUGGUUACCAAUGCUAGCCCAAUUAUGAUGGAGGAAGCUGUGGAAGGCGAAGGCGGUCUUUGUGGUGGCAUCUUUGUGGAUCAAGCCUUCGAGAUAAAAUGCAAAAAGUGCUUGGGCAGAAGAUGGGAUCGUCUCAGCAAGAAUGAUAUCAACGAUGUGAUGCGCGAAGACUGGGAAAGGGGUGUUAAACCUCAAUUUACACCGUCAUCCAAUCGAGACUAUCCCAUACGAGUUCCCGCGGGAGCUUUCCCUGAUGGCAAGACGAGCGAUGACAAAUGCGACCCUAUCAUAAAGAAUGCCAGGAUGAUGUUUACGAAGAAACAUAUUGAGGAAAUCUUUAGCGGACCCUUCGGUGAUAUAGAUAAGUUGUGCGAUGAUCAAAUCCAGAGUGCGAAAACCAAAAAUAUGUCAGUGACUGGCAUAAUUAUGGUCGGAGGCUUUGGUUCUAGUCCAUACCUGUAUGAACACCUAAGGGACCGCUACCAAGCCUCUGGUAUAAGCGUUCUACAGUCAGGAGGCAUGAGACCUCGUACUGCCAUUUGCCGGGGUGCUGUAGUCAAGGGUUUCCUCGAUAUUGCCGCUCAGCGACCCAGCGACACCUUGAGUGCUGACGUGCUCCCUAUUAAGGUGACCUCGACCGUCUCUCGAGCGAGCUAUGGCUCGGGUUAUAAAUGUCGUUUUAUCCCAGGAACUCACGAGGAGGCCGAUAAAGUGUGGGAUGAAAAUGAAUGCUCAGACAUGGCUGAGAACCAGAUGGAAUGGUAUCUAAAGAGGGGCGAGGAAGUAUCCACCAAAGACACUGUGAGGCACAGUUUCUAUCGCACUUUUGCCACCGACUUUCCUGGCUCCGUUACUGUGAACAUCGACUACUGCGAUGAAAAAGUACCUCCUUCACGUAAGACCGACCAGGUCAAGAGUAUGUGCUCGAUUGAGUGUGAUGUCGAUAUACCAUUUCCCAAACUCAAGGACUGGUCUAAUCCCAAAGGCAAGAUAUUGAAAAGACUUGACUACGACAUUGAAAUGGUACCAUCUGGGGCAUCGCUCGAGUUCUAUGUCUACGUUGAGGGGCGGAAGAUGGGGACAUCGAAUGUCGCGGUAACUUUCCAGUAAUAUUAGCUGGUAAUAGGCCAGCCCAGUAAUUUGCCUCAAACACCUCACGCCUUUUGAUCAUAUUGCUGAUGCCAAGAGCCCAAGCUUACGGCGCAAACCCUCGGGUUAAGGAGCAUAACAAUAUCACUGCCGCGAUCAUCAGGGUGAUUCAUCGCCCCAGCCCAACGGGCCGUUAGCAAUAGGAGACAGUUUUUCAUGAGCAUUGAAAGCAGUCUUUCAGCUGUACU